GAAGGCGGGGUUUUGACCGUAAUUUCAUAACGCGCUUGUUUUCGGUCUCUUUAUCUCGGCGUUGUUUUUGUGCGCGAUGCGUGAGACACACAGCUCAGUAACACUCACAUGUUCACGGACAGACUUUACCUCCGAGGAUUUAGGAUAACAAACGGGUACCAAUGAAGGGCGAAAUAUUCACGUUGCUCCUGGUCACGUGGCCGUGUCUACAGGCCGUCUUCAUUGUGGAGUCAGAGCAAGAUUCCUACGAUGGAGAGCUGCACGAUAAGAUCAUGCUGGGAUGCCGGUUUUCGCCCGUCCCGGAUGUCUCGCGCAUAUCCGUCACAUGGGAGCGCGUCAAACCUCUACCGGCAGUGAACGUCUACCGUCUGUAUCAGGGCUCCGAGAGCCCUGACUUUACAGACGAGCAGUUUAAGCGGCGAGUGCGAAUCUUAAAGGAGGAGCUGAAGAACUUCCGGGCUGUAAUCGAGCUCUCGCAGCUCCGCCUGAACGACUCGGGGACGUACCGAUGCGUCGUGGUCCAGGAAGAGGGCGACUACAAGCAGACCACGCUCACCGUCCGAGCGCCAUAUAAAGCGAUCAAGAAGACCAUCAGGAGGUUAAGUGACAAGAAAGUGGAGCUCACCUGCGAGUCCCGAGGCCUGCCGUUGGCCCGUGUGACUUGGAGUGACGACAAGCUCAUGGAGUCAUAUCUCACAAACCGCUCAGAGAGCAGCUAUGUGGAAAACAGCGACGGCGUCUUUGUCGUCACCAGCCGAUUGUACGUAACGCAUGACGCCAAAAAUUACACCUGUUCCUAUUGGACUGACGGCAGCAAGGCGAGCCAGACGGCUACAUUCAGUAUCCCAGAUGAAAUUCCAGAGAAGAGUAAAUCGACGUCAGGAUACGUAGCCAUCGCGGUGAUCGUCGUGAUGUGCAUAUUUUUAGUCUUUGCCUUCCUGCUCCUGCACAGGAGAAAAAAAGGGCAAGCAAGUGUGAACACCUCCACAGAUGAGUGUGAAUCACCUGGGCAGAAUCAGACAGUCACAUCAGACUAUUUACUCCAAAAAAAAUCUUAUUCUAAGGAAAAUAUCAACGUUAUUACAUCAGAGUUGCUAAAUGGAAAAAGCGAUAUUCGGCAAGAUGUAGUAAAUCAAAGACACCCCGAGUCUAACAAAACUGCAGAGACGAAGACUGAUUCCACACUCCCACAUGCACUGCUCUUAGGGUACGAGGUAGAAAACAUCUAUUACAACAUGCAGGACGAGCUCCUCGACCUCGGUAAAAAUAUGCUCGAGGAUGGAAAAGAAGGACCCAACAAAGCCUCAUAGCACAAAGCCGUUUCGUCAUCCGAGAUAGGAUUUCUCUCGAAGCGGAAUCAGGACUGCAGACAAACAAUCUCCAAGACGUUCUUCUAGGAAACAGAAACCGUCUCAUCAUCCUCGAUGCUUAUAAUGAAGAAGAAGACGGGGAACCUUUUAAGUCAAGCGUUAUGUUAGUAAGAGAGCGAUGCACAUGACCAGUGCUAGAGAGCCUUGCUGUGGAGAGAAAGGCAUUCUGGGAAAGAUGGACAGGAUAGUGACAGAUAAUGAUGUCCUGUGGAGGUGUGAAUUCUCAAAGGAAUGGAAAAGUCAACGGAGUUGCUAAAUGCAUUCAAGGAACCGAAUUGCCCUUUGUUGAAAAUGUCCUUUCAUUUCAGUGUCUCUGUUUGUUCACACUAGAAAGUUCCUACUGUCGUGUCCAGGAAAAUGCAGUAGCUUGAAGGUCUAUAUACCUCCAAAAAUGGAAUUUGAACCAGCGUUAUUAACCAGUAAACAAAUGAACUUAACUGCACUAGUCAUGCACACACUGAAGGAACCAACAGUCUAUGUUCUUCCAAGCUUUACUUUACUUUGUGCUGUCUUUAUACACAAAUAACGACAUGUUGUACUGUAUGACGAGAUGCAACCGUGUAAACAAUUAAUGGUAACUUAUAGAAGAUAAUAACUGAAAAAAUGUCAGACCACGUGUCCAUGGUCUAAGAUCAGAACGAGAUGCAACGUCACUUCAUCACUUUUAUUACGCGUUUUAUACCUUUGUUGACCAACACGUCCAGUAUGUGCGUAUCAGUACUUCCACAAUGACAACCAGCAGCUUGGUAGCCUUUUUAGUCUAUUACUAGACUAUUAUUAUUAUUACUACUGACUUUUGUAAUAAUGUAAUAUAACUUUGAUAAUAUAUAUUUAUGUUUGUUUGUUUUUUUCAUAGAGGUUUUAACCUUUGUGCUGGCACUUUUUCUUUAAUCAAAACUCAGAGUAACCUAUCCAUUAGCGCACACACAGACACAUGUUUUAUGAAAGUUUUAUAAAACCUUUUUAUCAAUGUAUGUACUUUAUAAUAUCACAUAAAAUAUUAUGUGCAACAAAGCAGUGUUUAUAAUUUCAUCUUUCUGUAUAAUUCUGUAUAAUAGUUUAUAAAUGUACUGUAUAUAGCAACUCACACAUCUGGUUUUUCUUUCUUUUUAUUAGACUUCCGUUUCCUUUCUUAUGUAGUGUUGCGCAACUGUUGUCGGGAUUAAAUGACUCAAAACUGCUUUUUUUAACCAAGUGAGAAAAGCACUGCAGUAAUGG